GUAGACCAUGACCUGAAGUUUUUGAUGAAUGCAGGAGAGUGACUGCUGUUCAGUGGUCCUAGAAACAAGGAGAGAGGGCAGUAUGGUUGAAUCUGGUGGGGAUGUGUUACAAAGUGAUGAAGAGGCAAUGACUUGGAAGCUCACAGAGAGUGUAGACAUGACUCUGAGUUACCUGGAGUAGGGUGGAAUAAACAGCCUCCCCCUGAGCAUGCUGCAGGGGCAGUGAGGUCCCGGGGGAGCUCAGUGUAAGUUAAGGAAGUAACUGGAGACAGGUUGGGGAAGAAACUGUUCUAUUCUAGCAAUCAGGGUGGGAGAGAUGGGAGGGAAAGGGCCAGUGGGCACGCUGUUACCUCUCUGUGGUUAUGUCCACCCUCCUAAGAGUAUAAAUUCUUCCUGAAGAAGAAUGAGAAGAUGGAAUUCCCCUUUGGGUCCCCGCAAGCUCCCCACUUCCGUCGAUUCACUCCAGAGUCCCUGGUGGCUAUUGAAAAACGAAUUGCUGCCAAGCAGGCGGCAAAGAAAGUCCAAGAGAAGCCCAAGAAGCAGAAGGACCAAGAAGAGAAGUCUCGGCCACAGCUAUGCUUGAAAGCCUGCAACAAGCUGCCCAAGUUCUAUGGCAAGCUCCCGGCAGAGCUGGUCGGGGAGCCCUUGGAGGACUUGGACCCCUUCUACAAUACACACCGGACAUUUAUGGUGCUCAACAAAGAGAGGACCAUUUCACGGUUUAGUGCCACUCGGGCCCUGUGGUUAUUCAGCCCUUUCAACCUGAUCAGAAGAACAGCCAUCAAAGUGUCUGUCCACUCGUGGUUCAGUUUAUUUAUAACAAUCACUAUUUUGGUCAACUGUGUGGGCAUGACCCAAACCGAACUUCCAGAGAAAAUCGAAUAUGUCUUCACUGUCAUUUAUACCUUUGAAGCCUUGAUAAAGAUACUGGCAAGAGGAUUUUGUCUAAAUGAGUUCACUUACCUGCGGGAUCCUUGGAACUGGCUGGAUUUUAGUGUCAUCACCCUGGCAUACAUAUGUGAAGCAAUAGAUCGCCGAGGGAUCUCAGGCCUGCGGACGUUCAGAGUUCUUAGAGCUUUAAAGACGGUGUCUGUGAUCCCGGGGCUGAAGGUCAUCGUGGGGGCCCUGAUCCACUCAGUGAGGAAGCUGGCUGAUGUGACCAUCCUCACCGUCUUCUGCCUGAGUGUCUUUGCCCUGGUCGGCCUGCAGCUCUUCAAGGGCAACCUCAAGAACAAAUGUGUCAAGAAUUGCACAGCUGUCAACGAGACAGCCAAUUAUUCUUCUCACGAAAAACCAGAUUUCUACAAAAACAAAUCAGGCACCUCUGAUCCCUUACUGUGUGGCAAUGGAUCUGAUUCAGGCCACUGCCCUGAGGGUUAUUUCUGCCUUAAAACAUCCAGCAACCCAGAUUUUAACUACACCAGCUUUGAUUCCUUCGCUUGGGCUUUCCUCUCAUUGUUCCGCCUCAUGACACAGGAUUCCUGGGAACGCCUCUACCAGCAGACCCUGAGGGCUUCUGGGAAAAUGUAUAUGGUUUUUUUCGUGCUUGUUAUCUUCCUGGGGUCUUUCUACCUGGUUAACUUGAUCUUGGCUGUGGUCACCAUGGCAUAUGAGGAGCAGAACCAGGCAACCAUUGAUGAAACUGAAACCAGGGAGAAGAACUUCCAAGAGGCCCUCAAGUUGCUCCGGAAGGAACAAGAGGUGCUGGUAGCACUGGGGGUUGACACAGCCUCUCUCCAAUCCUAUAAUGGAUCACCUUUAACCUCCAUAAAUGCCAGUGAGAGAAGGCAUAUAUUGAAGCCAAGGGUGUCAGAGGGCUCCACAGAUGACAACAGAUCACUCCAAUCUGAGCCUUACAACCAGCACCGAAUGUCUUUCCUAGGCCUCACCUCUGGAAGACGCCGAGCUAGCCAUGGCAGUGUGUUCCAUUUCCAGGCCAUCGGCCGAGACAUCUCAUUCCCUGAUGAGGUCACAGAUGUCAGAAUCUUUCCUGGAGACCGUGAAAGCCAUCGGGGCUCUCUGCUGCUGGAUAGGGGUGCAAGCCAGCAAGGCCCCCUCCCUGGGAGUCCACUGCCUCAAACCCUCAACCCUGGCUCAGGGCAUGGAGAAGAUGGCCACCCCACAUUGCCCACUGGUGAGCUUUCCCCUGGAGCCGUCGAAGUCUCGGCACUGGAUGCAGGACAGAAGACUUUCUUAACAGCGGAAUACUUAGACGAAUCUCUUCGAGUUCAAAGGGCGUUGAGUGUUGUCAGUGUCGUGACCUCCGUCCUCGAGGAGUUGGAGGAGUCUAAACAGAGGUGCCCACCCCGCUUGACCAGCUUGGCGCAGAAGUAUCUGAUCUGGGAGUGCUGCCCCACCUGGGUGAAACUCAAGGAACUUCUCUUUGGGAUUGUGACGGACCCCUUUGCAGAGCUCACCAUCACCUUGUGCAUCGUGGUGAACACCAUCUUCAUGGCCAUGGAGCACUAUGGCAUGAGCUUCGCCUUUGACACCAUGCUCCAGACAGGCAACAUUGUCUUUACCGUGAUAUUUACUGCUGAAAUGGUCUUCAAAAUCAUAGCCUUCGACCCUUACUAUUACUUCCAGAAGAGGUGGAACAUCUUCGACUGCAUCAUCGUCACCGUGAGCCUGAUAGAACUGGGUACAGCUAGGAAGGGGAGCCUGACGGUGCUGCGGACCUUCCGCCUGCUGCGGGUCUUCAAGCUGGCCAAGUCCUGGCCAACCUUAAACACGCUCAUCAAGAUCAUCGGAAACUCGGUGGGUGCUCUGGGAAACCUCACCAUCAUCCUGGCCAUCAUCGUCUUUGUCUUCGCCCUGGUUGGCAAACAGCUCCUUGGGGACAACUACAAGAAAAACCGGCACAAAAUCUCUGCGCCCAACGAAGACUGGCCGCGCUGGCACAUGCAUGACUUCUUCCACUCCUUCCUCAUCGUCUUCCGGAUCCUCUGCGGAGAGUGGAUCGAGAACAUGUGGGCCUGCAUGGAAGUCGGUGAUAAAUCCAUCUGCCUCAUCCUCUUCUUGACCGUGAUGGUUCUGGGGAACCUGGUGGUACUUAACCUCUUCAUCGCCCUGCUCCUGAAUUCUUUUAGCGCCGACAACCUCACAGCCCCAGAGGAGGACGGGGAGGUGAACAAGCUGCAGGUGGCCCUUGCACGGAUCCAGGUGUUUAGCCGUCGCACCAAGAAGGCCCUUCGCAGCUUCCUCAGCCGACCCUGCUUGCUCCCCCGGCCCAAAUCAGAGCCCCAGCUGGUGGUGAAACUUCCACUGUCCACCACCAAAGCCAAGAACCACAUUGCAGCAGACAUGGCCGUGGGGAGUCCUGGAGGACUCCUGGCUCCCCAAGGCCCCAGGGAUGACCACAGUGAUUUCAUCACCAAUCCUAACAUAUGGGUCUCUGUGCCCAUUGCCGAGGGUGAAUCUGAUCUUGAUGAACUGGAAGAUGAUGGUGAGGAGGAUGCUUGGAGCACCCAGCAGCAAGUGAUCCCCCAAGGGCAGCAGGAGCAGCUGCUGCAAGUUGGGAGACACGAGGAUCACCUGACGCCCAGGAGCCCAGAUUCUGGGAUGUCCUCUGAGGACCUAGCUCCGAACCUAGGUGAGAAGCGGGAAGACGAGGCUGCUGCGCAGGGCCCUGCAGAGGGAGUGGACGACAUGAGCUCCUCGGAAUGCAGCACCGUGGACUGCCCAGAUCCCCAGGAGAUCCUGAGGAAGAUCCCCGAGCUGGCAGAUGACCUCGAUGAACCAGAUGACUGCUUCACAGAAGGCUGCGUUCGCUACUAUCCCUGCUGCAAAGUGAACGUCACCAAGUUUCCCUGGACCGUGGGCUGGCAGGUGCGCAAGACCUGCUACCACAUCGUGGAGCACAGCUGGUUCGAGAGCUUCAUCGUCUUCAUGAUCCUGCUCAGCAGUGGAUCUCUAGCCUUUGAAGAUUUUUACCUCGACCAGAAGCCCAAGGUGAAGGCCUUGCUGGAGUACACCGACAGGGUGUUCACCUUUAUCUUUGUGUUUGAGAUGCUGCUCAAGUGGGUGGCCUAUGGCUUUAAAAGUUACUUCACCAAUGCCUGGUGCUGGCUGGACUUCCUCAUCGUGAAUAUCUCACUGACAAGCCUUAUAGCGAAGAUGAUGAAGUAUUCUGAUAUGGAAUCCAUCAAAACCCUUCGGACCCUCCGUGCCCUGCGGCCACUGCGGGCCCUGUCUCGAUUUGAAGGCAUGCGGGUGGUGGUGGAUGCCCUGGUGGGCGCCAUCCCAUCCAUCAUGAACGUCCUCCUCGUCUGCCUCAUCUUCUGGCUCAUCUUCAGUAUCAUGGGCGUGAACCUCUUCGCGGGGAAGUUUCAGAGAUGCAUCAACACCACCAAUGAAGACUUUUCCCUUGUGCCUUGGACUACUGUGACUAACAUGUCUGAAUGUGAACGUCAAAACUACACUGGAAAGUUCUUUUGGGUCAAUGUGAAGGUCAACUUUGAUAACGUUGCAAUGGGCUACCUCGCACUUCUGCAGGUGGCAACCUUUAAAGGCUGGAUGGACAUCAUGUAUGCAGCUGUGGAUUCCCGGGAGGUCAACAUGCAGCCCAAGUGGGAGGACAACGUGUACAUGUACUUCUACUUUGUCAUCUUCAUCAUUUUCGGUGGCUUCUUCACACUCAAUCUCUUCGUUGGGGUCAUAAUUGACAACUUCAACCAACAGAAAAAAAAGUUAGGGGGCCAGGACAUCUUCAUGACAGAGGAGCAGAAGAAGUACUACAAUGCCAUGAAGAAGCUGGGCUCCAAGAAGCCCCAGAAGCCCAUCCCACGGCCCCUGAACAAGUACCAGGGUUUUGUCUUUGACAUCGUGACCAGGCAGACUUUUGACAUCAUCGUCAUGGUCCUUAUCUGCCUCAACAUGAUCACCAUGAUGGUGGAGACUGAUGAGCAGAGUGAAGAAAAGACAAAAGUCCUGAACAAAAUCAACCAGUUCUUUGUGGCCGUCUUCACGGGCGAGUGUGUCAUGAAGAUAUUCGCCUUGAGGCAUUAUUACUUCACCAAUGGCUGGAAUGUGUUUGACUUCAUCGUGGUCAUCCUCUCCAUUACGAGCCUGGUGUUUUCUGCAAUUCUUACAUCACUUGGAAAUUUAUUCUCCCCAACGCUCUUCCGCGUCAUCCGCCUGGCCCGAAUCGGCCGCAUCCUCCGGCUGAUCCGCGGGGCCAAGGGCAUCCGCACGCUGCUCUUCGCCCUCAUGAUGUCCCUGCCCGCCCUCUUCAACAUCGGGCUGCUGCUCUUCCUCGUCAUGUUCAUCUACUCCAUCUUCGGCAUGGCCAACUUCGCUUACGUCAAGUGGGAGGCUGGCAUCGACGACAUGUUCAACUUCCAGACCUUCGCCAACAGCAUGCUGUGCCUCUUCCAGAUCACCACGUCGGCUGGCUGGGACGGUCUCCUCAGCCCCAUCCUCAACACGGGGCCCCCCUACUGCGACCCCAAUGUGGUCAACAACGGCGUCAGAGGGGACUGUGGGAACCCAGCCUUGGGCAUCCUCUUCUUCACCACCUACAUCAUCAUCUCCUUCCUCAUUGUGGUCAAUAUGUACAUCGCUGUGAUUCUGGAGAACUUCAAUGUGGCCACGGAAGAGAGCACAGAGCCCCUGAGUGAGGAUGACUUUGACAUGUUCUAUGAGACUUGGGAAAAGUUCGACCCAGAGGCCACUCAGUUCAUUACCUUCUCUGCCCUCUCAGACUUUGCAGACGCCCUCUCUGGCCCCCUGCGAAUCCCCAAACCCAAUUGCAACACGUUAAUCCAGAUGGACUUGCCUUUGGUCCCUGGAGAUAAGAUCCACUGUUUGGAUAUCCUGUUUGCCUUUACCAAGAAUGUUCUGGGAGAAUCUGGGGAGUUGGAUUCUUUGAAGUCAAAUAUGGAGGAGAAAUUUAUGGCAACUAAUCUUUCAAAAGCAUCCUAUGAACCAAUAGCAACCACGCUCCGGUGGAAGCAAGAAGACAUUUCAGCCACUGUUAUCCAAAAGGCCUAUCGGAGCUAUGUGCUGCACCGCUCCCUGACCAUCUCCAACCCCCUAGGUGUGCCCAGGGCUGAGGAGGAGGCUGUGUCACUCCCAGAUGAAGGCUUUGCUGCAUUCAUGGCAAAUGAAAAUGGUGUGCUCCCAGACAAAUCUGCAAGUACAUCUGUCACAUCUUUCCCACCAUCCUACGACAGUGUCACUAGAGGCCUCGGUGAUCAAAUCAACAUGCACACACCUAGCUCAGUGCAAAACGAAGGUGACGCUGUCAGUAAGGAAGCCAGUAGUCCCUACUGA